AUGGUGUCUCUGUCUGCCCCGUUACGGUCGUGCCCAUCAGCUCUUCGUGCUGCUGGCUGGGUCCGUGGCUCUGGGUCGCUCUCGCCGCAGCUGACUGAGCGGUGCUGCCGGCAUCCUGGACAGGCGCUCAGCUCGGAGCGCUGCUCCCUCCGUGCUGCCCAGCCCGGCUGCCCGGCUCCCGCAGCACAGCCCGGCCUCAGGGCACGGCCCCGGCCCGUCCGCCCGCGCUGCCGGAGCCGUGCUCCGGGGCUGUCCCGGGGGGAGCCGGCCUCUGGCAGAGCGGGCCGCGGGCUCCGGCCUGGCACGGCAGCGCCGGCCGGGGGCACGGCGGGGCCGCCCCGCUGGCUUCGCCCGCUAGAGGGCAAGAGAGCCCCGCACAAGCGCGGCUGCCCCUGCCCCGCAGCCCCCGGCCCGCUGCGCCCGGCACGCCCUGCCCCGGCGGGGUCAGCGGCGCGGCCCCGUGGGGAGCAGCCCCGGGUGGCCGCUGCAGGCCUGGGCUCGGGGCCGUUCGGCAUGAAAUGUCCUGGGUGGCCACGUUGCCGUGGAGGGAGAGGUAAUCCCUUCCAUCGGGAAAGCUCUCAAGGCCUUUGGCCGUUCCAGAAAACGGGCAUAGAGCCAUCACGGAGCUGGCACGGACCUAAUCCGUCGGGGGACGGCGCACCGGGCUGCUGCCGCGCCUGCCGCAGCGCACAUGGAGCGGCAGUGAGCUGUCUAAAGAGGAAGAAUAUCAGCCAAAGGAAGAGCCCCCGGGAUGCCCUGCAGCCUGCUGACAAAUCCAACCGAGACUGCAGCUACAACUGAGCGCCGACAGUAUCGGAGCAUGAAGAAGGCAGAAACUUCGGAGGAGGCACAGCGUGUGCUUGGGCAGGGAAGGUGUACAAAGCAAAGCACUGGCCGUGGCAAAGAGGUUCUCACAGUUCUGCAAGCCUUGCCACACAAAUUGCUUGCCAUGUGGAGGCUUCUGCAGUCACCUGCACACAUGGCAACCCUGAUUUUCUCCCUUUUUCUCCUUUCAAUCAGUGGCACUUUGGCUCUCCAGCUGGAGGGUCAUGCAACACAGUGGGCAAUAAAUUCAUUACUAAAAUAAGCAGAUACAAGCUAUGUAAAAAUAAACACAUCACAGAAAUUUCAUACAUGUUUGGCAGCUUUCAUACUUACAUCACCCUAUCUACUUUCAAGUAUCACCAAGGACAUGAAUUCAAAAAGACUGUGUUGACACCUGUGUCAAUGCACUU